AGGAAGAUAGCGGUAGGAUUUUUUUUUUUUCGUUUAUUUGUUUUCCGCGAAACGCACGGCGUCACGAGUCCAGCAAACAGCAAGAGAAGAGAAGAGAAGAGAAGAGAACGCGUCCCGCUUCCGACUCCGGCGAGAGCGAGACCGAGAGCGCGCGGCGGCGGCGGCGGCCGGAGGAGGAGAAGACGAUGGGUUGCUGCUGCCGGUGCCUGGAGAUCCUCUGCGCCAUCCUCCUCCCACCGCUCGGCGUCUGCCUCCGCCAUGGCUGCUGCACCAUGGAGUUCUGGAUUAGCGUGCUGCUCACCAUCCUCGGGUACCUCCCCGGCGUCCUCUACGCCGUCUACGUCAUCGUCUCCGUCGACCCCGACCGCGAACGCCGCCGCCGCGUCGACCCCGACGAAUACAUCUACGUCGCCUGACCAUCUGUGGAGUACUUAGUAGGUGAUUAAUUUAGCUCCUGGAAAGCAUAUCCUUGUUCCUAGUCCUAUUACCUAUAUCUGCUCCUGUUCCACCCUUCAAUUUGUAAACUGGUACUAGCACAUCUGCAGCCUUUGGACAAGUCGAAUCGGGUCGGAAUUUGUUACCGUAGUUCAACUGUGUUACUGUGACCGUUUGAUUGCUGGAUCAAUUGCUCUCAAGUCUCAACUUGUGUUGUUCUUCA